AUGGCGGAGAAGACAAACGGAGUAGCAGAAGAAGAGAACUUCAACCAAGAGAAGAAAACGACAACGGAAAACCUAUACGACGUCGUUCAUAGUCUCAUAUCAGAACCUUCUUACACUGUAAAUCGGAUCAAAACCUCUCUUUCCCCUUUCAUCCCCGAAGCUUCUAGAAACUACACUCGCCGUGUUCUUCUCUGGUCUCGCCAAGGCUCUCCCCUCCGCCCUCUCCUUCUAAUUUCGGUUGGGACAAUCGCGCUUGUUCCCUUGACAGGACUCAUUACCUUUAUCCUUCUCCUUCUUGUUGCAACUAUCAAUGCCAUCGUCGUCUCUCUUCUCAUUUCUUUGGCUGUAGCUGGAGGAUUCUUGGCUCUUUUCUUUGCUUUAGUUACAGCGACAUAUAUUGGAGCAUUAUCAGUGGCCAUAUUUGCUAUUUCCACAAUAACGUUUUGGACAACAGUGGCUAUUGUCAUAACUACAGGAUGGGUUGGAUUCUUUUAUACUGUAUGGUUGGUAACUACAAAGAGCCUUGGAUUUGCAAAACACUCGAUAAGCGCAAGUGGAUCAGCAAUUUCAACUUAUUCUGCUGCUUGGGGUAGCCGCAACCUUUUACACAAACAUUCCGAUUAG